AUGCGGUUCAGGACCGAGCUCAAGAACAUACGCACUUUUGCCAAACUCACAGCGGCCCUCUCAUCUCUCGAGAAGAUAGCCUGGGUCCGCCUUUCCGAUGACACGGUCCGCUUCACCGUGAUCCCCGACAUGGGGUCACAGGUAUGGGCGUCACUCGCCAUGGAUUUUCUCUUUGAAGGCUACAACAUCCAAUCCGCCGAGGCCAACAACACCAUCAACCUCGAGUUGCCGCUGCAACCUCUCCAGCGAGCUCUCAAGUCGGCGCAGAACAGCAUGAGCGCCAGUCUCAGACUUACCAAGAAGGACGGGCUGCCGAUACUGAGCAUGGUCAUCACCACCAUGACGGGGGACAAGGGCACCGCGGGUGGAGCGAGUUCCAACGUCGCCGCCGCCGCCACGAGGAACAGCAAUUCAGACGACCCCUUUGCCGACGACGAGGACAUCAACCUGGGCCCGGAGCAUCUCGAAACGUCGCUCCGGCGGGAACACGAAAAGGUCAUCACCCAGGACAUACCUGUACGUGUGCUCCAUCCGGAAACCGUCGAGACCAUUAUGCAGCCCAAGGUCCGCGAGCCCGACGUGCACAUUCAGCUACCGCCGCUCCUCCAACUCAAAGCCAUCUCAGAUCGCUUCACCAAACUGGCCCUGGUGCCCCCGGGGAACAAGUCGCCCAAGCUGGAGCUGAGUGCGAACAUGCAUGGUUCCCUCCGGCUGAGGAUCAAUACCGAGACGACGGAUAUCAGCAGCGUCUGGUCCGGCCUCGAGAACCCAGAGUUGGAUCCCGCGCAGCUGGAUAUGCCGGUGGACGAGCACCCGAGCACAAGGUUUAGAGAGAUGGGCCCUGAGAAGUGGGCAAGUGUUCGCGUGGACGGCAAAGACUGGAGUCGAGUGUUGAGCGUGGGACGGCUGGAAGGGAGGGUGAUUGCGUGCUUUGCGGAUGACCACGCCUUGAUCUUGUAUGUGUACGUGCCGCACUAUGAUGAUGCGUCUGCGGAAGAUUCCGUUGUCACAUACUAUGUUCAAUCUUACAGUGCUUGA